AUGGGGGUGCCGCAGAGAAAGGGGCUUCUGCUGCUGCUCAGUGUCUGGCUGGGCCUGGCCCGGGCAGGGCAGGACCAAAGCCAGGUGCCCGUGCAGCCCGGGUUCAGUCCUGAGCAGGCCGAGGGACACUGGUACACCAUCAAGCUGGGAGCCACCAACCCGUCCGCUGUGCAGGAGGGCGGCGCCUUCCGCUGCUUCAUGACCAACAUCAGGGGCCUGGAGAACGGGAACUUGAACGUCACCUACUUCCACAGAAAAGACGGAAAGUGUGUAAAGGAAUUCUACAUCGCGGAGCGGACCAACACACCCGGACGCUACACCUUUGAGUACGGAGGCAGAAUCUACCUGACAUUUGUGGUCCUGAACCAUGACGUUGCCAUCAUGGACUUGGAAAGCCACAGUGAUGCCGGCCCCUUCAUCGUGGUGGAGCUCCACGAGGUGCCGGGCCGGGUGCCGGGCGGGGUCUGUGGGGGGCUCUGCAGAGCUGGAGCUGCAUCUGGGGUGGGGGAGAGCUGGGGGGAUGGUGAGGAGCCCCAGACGGUGACUGCGGCUUCUCUGGUCCACAGCGAGAUGCGACUCCCCGGAGUAGACGCGCAUCAGCACAUGGGGCACCUGCUGGGCUGGACGCCUGCAAAGAGCUGCGGCUUCCCCAGGUCCCAGCGGCAGGAGCCAGCCCUUCCUGUGACCUGUGCCUUCGAGACCUCCUGA